AAAAUUCCAUCCAAAAUAGAAAUCGCAAUCGCAUUUUUCGCCAAGCCAUCAUGGGGAACACGAUCGCGCAGUUGGCGCAAGACCACAAAUGGACCGAAGUCGUCGAACGCAUCGAGGCCCACGCCGUCGAGGACAUCAACGUGACGGCUGGCGGUCUGGACUGGACGACGCUGUCACUCGCCGCCUGGGAUGGCCAACUCGACGUUGUGCGCUUGCUUCUACGCUAUAAGCACAUUCGCGUGGACCAGCCCAACCUCGAUGGCAUGACACCACUGCAUGAGGCCGCCAAGCACGGCCACCUCGAGAUCGCCCGCGCUCUCAUUGAUGCCGGCGCCAACCCCCACGCGACCAACAACGAGGGCAACAAGCCGCUGGCGUUCGCAAGCGGCAGCCAAAUGAACGAAUUCUUGACGAUGUGCAUGCUGCCCGUUGGCGUUUGCGCAGAGCGCCACGAGUGGCACGAGGUCAAGCGCCGCGUGACGCGUCGGCUGCUCUCGGAUGUCAACGCUAGCUUUGGCGAGCGCGGCUGGUGCUUGCUCUCAUACUGCGCCAUCCACGACCAAGUCGAGCUCGUGGACCUCCUAGUGCGCUACAAGAACAUCUGCAUCGACCAUGCCAAUAUGGAUGGCAUGACAGCGUUACACGAAGCGGCCAAGCACAACCAUUUGCAAGUUCUCUCCAUCUUGAUGCGUGCAGGCGCCGAUCCAUCGCUGCUCAACAAGAACGGCGAGACACCUGCGGACUUGACGACAAUGGACGGGCGCGCGCUUCUUCAGCUGCCGCAGCCAGUCGCCGCGGUGCCCGCCGAGGUGCACCGCUGCCCCCACUGCACGUACGAAAAUCCUCGUCGCGACGGAGCGUGCGCCAUGUGCAAGAUGGACAUGCAGACGUCGGAAGACGCCGUGGCCGCGCUCAUGGAGCGGAUCGCGCUCAUGGAGGAAGCCACGCUCUGCGCGAUUUGCGAGGAGCGGCCGAAGGACACUGUGUUUACGUGCGGCCACGAGACGUGCAUGACGUGUGCGCAGCGCAUGACGAGCUGCCCCAACUGCCGCGAACCCAUCACGGCGCGCAUUCGCCGCUUUGUGUGAGCUUGCAUGUUAUUUCUGCACCUCUCCAAGGAUAAUCGUGCGUCUUCCUGUC